AUGGCUCUUAUUGCUGUCGCGAUUCUCGCUGUCACUACAGUGUUCUUGGUCCUGCGAGUCGGAAGGGCACGGAAACUGCCCCAAGGGCUCCGGGAGGUGCCUGUUGUUGGGAAUGUCACUGCCAUGGGGGCAUAUCCCCAACAACAACUCCGCAAAUGGGCCGUCGAGUACGGCGAACUGUUCCAGGUGCGCUUCGGGCGCCAGGUUUGGAUCUAUGCAAAUAGUCCAUCGGCGGUGAAAGAGAUUUUCGACAAGCAGUCCCAGCACACUUCCUCACGCGCACCGAGCCCCGUGGUAUCUGAUUUGCUCUCCGGCGGAAUGAGAUUCCUCCUUAUGCCCUACUCGGCAGAGUGGCGGCGGCUUCGUGCUAUCGUGCACAAACUUCUGACCCCGAAAGCAUCCAACGAAUUCAUUCCGUCGCAGGAGUUCGAGGCCAAGCAGCUGCUGUGGGAUAUUCUGACGGACAACGGCAAUCAGAAAAAUUUCUACAUGCAUAUUCGACGGUAUACGACCUCGGUGGUGAUGACAUCGACCUACAGACGCCGCGUCCCAGUAUGGGAAUGCGAAGACAUCCGCGAGAUUUACGGGUUAAUGCAGGAGUUCAGCGAAUUUGCCACGCCCGGAAAAUACUUAGCCGAGACCUUCCAAGUGCUGGCAUACCUCCCCCAGUGGAUGCAGUGGUGGAGAAAGGCCGCCCUCCGGUCCUUCAACCGACAGGCGAUGGAGAAGAACCAAGCCCCGGAUUGUUUUGUGAAGCAGUUCAUCAACACUGACUAUGAAAAAGUGGGUAUCAGCGAGCUGCAAGCCAGCUUUGUUGCCGGAACAAUGAUUGAGGCAGGUUCCGAGACGACCUCCUCCGCGCUCAACUCCUGUGUCAAGUACUUGGCGGCUUACCCGGAAGCCCAGGCGAAAGCCUUCGCGGAACUCCGCCGUGUGGUGGGUGAGGACCGCCUCCCUAGCUUUCGCGAUGAGGCGGAGCUGCCCUACAUCCGUGCUUGUGUGAAGGAAAUUCUGCGAAUCCGCCCGGUCACCACCCUGGGCUCUCCCCACUACACCUCGGCGGACGUUGUGUAUAAAGAUUGGUUUAUCCCCGCCAACACCACCGUUGCUAUCAAUCAAUACGCGCUACACUUCGAUCCGGCGCGCUACGAGAACCCAGACGACUUUGUGCCGGACCGGUAUCUCCAGCACCCCCUCAAGGCGGGGGCAUACACCGCUCACGCCGACCCGUACGCCCGCGAUCAUUUCGACUUUGGCGCAGGCCGCCGCAUUUGCCCCGGCAUGCACUUGGCUGAGAACAGCCUGUUCAUCACCAUAGCGUGCCUGGUAUGGGCCUUUGAGAUCCUCCCCCCGCUUACCGACGACGGGAGGAUCGGAUCUGUUGAUGUGUCUGACGCCGCGUACGAGGAGGGGAUGAACACUCUUCCCAAGCCCAGUGAGUUGCGAUUCGUCCCGAGGAGUGACAAGGUGGUGGGGUUGAUCCGCAGGGUCUGGCAGCAUGCUGAGGAGGAGGGCUAUAUGCUGAGUUCGGUCAAGGUGAAUGCGCAGGGGAUGGUGGUAGAUUGA